AUGUCAGAAUCAAGCAGGCCCAAGACGCCUUUUAUUUCUGGCGGACACAUGCUCGAGACGCCUCCGUUAUCAGCUCGUAUUAUUCGAUGGAUUGAUAGGAUUUAUUUAUUCUUUGGACUUUAUUUUGUGACUUUGUUCUCGCUCAACUCCUACGCCGCCGCCGACAAAUCUUCAUUCAACAUCGCCUCAUCCCGAAACCAAGCCUGGACCCGGCCCCGUUGGGGUGGUAGCUCAGACCGAGGAAAUAACAACAGCGGUGGUAGCGGUGGCAGUGGUGGUGGAAAGCCGGAUGAUGGAAGUGGAUUUGGCGGAAGGAGAGUCGGCCGGGUUAGUGAUUUCAAGAAUACGCCGGUAUAUAAGGGGAGAUGUUGUCAGUGA